GUUUGUUUCCUGUUGUUAUUUAUUAAUGUACCUAAAGGACCAUUCACUAACCCAAAUUCCUCCCUCUCUCACUAAGCCAACGAACUCCACUUAAACCUGACCCUCACUAACCAUGGAGCGCUGGUACGGUAAAGUCGUAGUAGUGACGGGCGCGAGCGCUGGCAUAGGAGCCGCGAUUUCCGCCAAACUCGUCGAAAACGGUCUCCAGGUCGUGGGUCUAGCUCGUCGCCUGGACAAACUCCAAGACCUGGAAACCCAGCUCCAAAAUCGCCCAGGAAAAUUCCACCCGGUGCAGGCCGACAUCACCAACGAAGAUGACCUGAACCGGGCCUUCGCUUGGGUCAAGAACAACCUCGGCACCUUACACAUAUUGGUCAACAACGCCGGAGUCGCCAAACCGGCGACCCUCCUGGACGGAAACACCGAACUCUUCAAACAAGUUUUAGAAACUAACGUUUUAGCGCUCGCCGUGGCAACGAGAGAGGCCGUGAAGAUCAUGCGAGAGAACGCUGAGGAAGGUCAUGUGGUGCACAUAAACAGCACUACUGGGCACCGAAUACCGAAUGUCCCCCUUAUGAACGUGUAUUAUGCGUCGAAAUACGCCGUUACGGCUCUGGCGGAGACGUUACGGAUGGACUUGAGGCGAGUCGGGAGCAAAAUCAGAGUGACGAGUUUGAGCCCCGGACUGGUCGAAACAGACAUGGUCAACGACUUUUUGACAGCCGGAGUUGUGGGGAAGCUGAUAGAAGCGGCCCCGAAGUUGCACCCUGAGGAUAUAGCAAACGCGCUGGUGUAUGUACUGGGGACGCCACCGCACGUCCAGAUCAAAGAACUCAUAAUAUCGCCAACGGGGUCGGAAUGACACGUCUCCCAAAACUACACUUUUUGACAGUUGAGCCAUACGCCACCUUGGACGUCAUGUAGCAAAGUCGUCGGGAUUGGUUUAAACGGUAGUAUGGUCCGAGGGCUCACGCUAAAUUUAUAGUUACGUAUCACCAUUGCAAGGGCUGUUUUGAUUUCCAUAAUAGCAAAUCGUUGUCCUAAAAUAAAAUGUGUUCUUGUUUGU